AUGCCGGUGAAGAAGCAGGUCCCCCUGACCGGCUCCGCGGCCUCGCGGGCGGCUCCGGCCAGGCCGCCCGCCGAUGCGGCCCCAGCGGCGCCCGCCGGCCCGACAAAGGUGAAGCUCGACAUCUCCGUGGCGACAAAAAUCAACGAGCUCAACGCGUCGGGCGAGCUCGGCCAGGACAUCCGCAAGCCGAAGGUCGCGAGGCUGCUGAGCCAGAUUGACCCGAAGCAGGCGGUGGAGGUCUUGGAGGGCGUCUGGUCCACUGAAGCGUCCAUUCAAGACCCUAACGCCUUCAUCAACAACGUCUGCAGCAUCUUCAUCGAGGCGGCGGCCGCGGAGGCGGCGGCGGCCGAGGAGGAAGCUUGGGACGAGGGCGCGGAGGAGGAGGCGUGGGACGAGGGCGCGGGUGAAGAGUACCAGGAGGAGGGGGCUGACGCGGAGGUCGCCGCCCCGGCCCCGAAGCGGCAGAAGGUGGCGUCCGCUUACGAGGACAAGCUGUCCCCUGCGGUCGCGAAGGAGGUUGCGAGGCUGAGCCAGGUCCUCGCCGAGCCCAUCGAGCUCCGACACGUUGGCGAGUCGCUCGCUAAGCUGAGCGCGGACGACGCCAUCAGCGUUUUGGGCAAGCUGGAGAAGAACGCCGCCAAGGUGGACAAUCCUACCGUCUGGCUCAUCCAGCACCUGGCAACGUCGGCCCAGGCGUCCGUCAAAGGCAAGGGCAAGCAGGCGCUGCCCGGCGACUGGUGGUGCCCGAGCUGCGGCGCGCACAACUUCGCCAGCAGGACCGCGUGCUGCAAGUGCCACGCGGCGAAGCCGUACCGCCGGGCGGACGCCCGCGCUGCUGCGCGCCUCCUCGGCGCCUUCGCGGAGGUCGCCAGCCACCGUGGCUCGGCAAUCUCCCGCUUUGGUGCGGCCAUGGCCAAGGCACUGGAGGCUUUGCGCGCGCCCGCGUCUGGCGGUGGCGGCGAGGCUGGCGGCUGCGGCGGAGCGCCGCCGACAGCUGGAGAGCCCUCCACGGCCGUGACAGAGGCCGCAAUGCAAGCCGAGGCGGAGACGGACGAGCCGAUGGAUGGCAACGAGCUCGACGUGAUUCGCGAAGCUCGAGGCGCCGUUCGUUGCCCUGCGGAAGGCCAAGUCACGUCCACUGGCGGGGAGGAUGCUUGUCGGAAGGGCGGAGAGGGCACCGCUGCCGUGCCGCUGGACGGGUCAGCUGCUGGCGCCGAGGGCGCGGCCCCAGGGCCCCUGCGGGGGAUGACUGCCCAACCGCUGGCCGCUGCGGCGAGCUGGGCAGGCAGCGCGGAGCGCGAUCGGCUCCUCGGCGACAUGGAGGUGUUCCGAGGACCGAGGCGGGCCGCGUUGCAGACGGGGCCAAAAAUUGACUGGGGCGCAGUGGCAGAGUCUGUGCAGCCGACGCCCACGGGGACUGCAACGGGGAGCAUCCCUCCUACCGGCGAGAAUAGCCCGCAGCAGUGAAGAUCGUGUGGCUGGAGGCCGUGUGCUGGUCGGCAAAGGGUGCAAAUGUUAUGAAGUUUCCCUGCCUCCUCUCCUUCGCGUUCGGCCUCUACGUGGUCCUGUACUCGGGUUCCUGUGCGUUCGAUGAGGAUCCAGAGGGCCCACAAUCUUUGGUUUUGUCAGGCUUGUGGUUUCUAUGCUCAUGUUUCUAUGCGUGAGCUGUCGAAAUCAUGUUCUCAUAAACUUGACCCCCAUCGCCGAUAAUGUUUGUCUCGUAUCGAUGAUGGGUUGCGGCCGGAAGCUAUCAGUAAAGCUGAUGAGCUCACUCGUGGCCACUAAUUCCCGAACCACUGCGUGUGAUAGCCUGUUCCUGUUCCUGUUCCCAAGUAAAUCAUGAG